GCAUAUUUGUAAUCUGACUAAAUUCACACAAUCCCCAAGCUGCUAGAAGGACAGGGAGACAUGGCUGAAACCAUAGCUGACACAAGAAGGCUUUAUACCAAGCCUCAGAACUUAAAUGAUGCGUAUGGACCUCCGAGUAACUUUCUAGAGAUUGAUGUGAGCAACCCUGAGACGGUCGGGGUGGGUAGAGGCAGAUACACCACCUAUGAAGUCAGACUGAAGACCAACCUACCCAUCUUCAAGCUGAAGGAGUCUUGUGUACGGAGGCGGUACAGCGACUUUGAGUGGCUCAGAGCGGAGCUGGAGAGGGAGAGCAAGGUGGUUGUACCGCCUCUCCCAGGAAAAGCUCUUUUCCGGCAGCUUCCUUUCCGAGGGGAUGAUGGCAUAUUUGAUGACUCUUUCAUCGAGGAGCGGAGACAGGGUCUGGAGCAGUUUCUCAAUAAAGUGGCCGGUCACCCUCUAGCUCAGAACGAGCGAUGCCUGCACAUGUUUCUACAGGAGGAGUCUGUGGACAAGAACUACACCCCAUCCAAAAUCAGACAAGCCUGAAAAAGAAAAAAAAGAAAAGGAUGGCUCUGCUUGGCCUGGUCUCUCUCUCAGCCCUGCUCAGCCUCGCUUGGCCCAACAACCCAAAGCUCUUUUCACUGCUCCAGGUUUCUCUCAAACAAACAUUGCAAUGACCCCCCCCCCCCC